AAAAAAAAAAAAUUAAACAAAGCGUGUUUAUUCUUUAUUGUUAUUAUAUUUAUUAUUAUUAUUCGAUUCAUCGAAAUAAAAUUAAAAUACCACAAAUUUUUGUUGUGAUUAUGAGUGUCAUACAUAUAUAGAUAUACCAGUUCUAUAUAUUUAUUUAUAAUAAUGAUAAGAUAAAAAUAAUUCUAAUCAAAUUUUUUUAAAAGCUAAUUUAUAACUAAAAAUAUUAUUAAAAUGGCGAAGACAAAAACAAUUAGCAAAGGAUGUCCGAAAUGUGAAUUACAGGUUCCAGUAGCUUGCAAAGCAUGUCCGUGUGGUCAUUCAUUUUUUAACGCACGUAGAAAUUCAAUAAAAAGUCCACCAAGUCCUGACGGUACUGGUGCUAUGAAAACAAGACGUACUAAUAGAAUAAAACGUCGGAUUAAUUAUUAUGAUGCUCUAGAAUAUGAUAAGCAAACAAAAAAAACUGCUAAGUUACGUCGUGCAGCUGAACCAAAUUCAUUCAAUAAUUGCGCUCAGCUGAACAAAAAGAAAAAACGUAAAGUCAGUAAAACAAAAAGUAAUCGUACAGGUGGUAAUGGUAGUGUCGGUGAUGAUGAAGAAGAUAAUGAAGGUGUCAAUGCAUUAUCACCUGAAAAACAAUUAACGUGUUCAUUAAUAUUACAAGAAAUAAAUAGCAAAUUUCUUAAUGUUGCCUGGAAGCCAAUGUGAUUAUUUUACUUUUUAAGUUAUUUUUUAUAAGGAUUCAUUAAUUUAGCAUCAAUUAACAAUAAUAUUAAUUAUAAUUACGUGUUUAUUAAUAAUUAAAUUG